GAGAGGACGAAGGAAGCGGGGUUGGGCUGGACUGCCGCCCUCCUCCCGCCAUUCGCUCCUGAAGCAACCUGGGAAGCGGCUACUAGGUCAGGAAUGCAGAGCGGGAGAAGGGGCACAAAUGUCUUCAAGGAACACAUCAUCAGAGCGCAGACCAGGGCAUCAUGGUCGAUCCGUCCAUUAUGAUGAAGUGUAUGUGGAUUCCCCUUCAGAAGACGAUACUGAAAGGGAUUUUCGAGGCGCUGAACAAAUAGUGAACGCGGAUCCCUUGCCUCCACCACCUCUUCCACUGCAGCCACCCUUUGGGCCUGAAUUUUAUCCAAGCGACAGUGAAGAACCAGCUGGAAUCUCUGGUCUCAAGCCAGUGAGAAAAUUCAUUCCAGAUUCAUGGAAAAACUUCUUCAAAGGGAAAAGAGAUGAACCUGAAUGGAGUUCGCCAGUAUCUGCAAUUUCUAGUGGAACUGAAUGCUCUCCACCCUCAUCUCCAACACUUACUCCAGUGAAAGCAGCCCAUACUUCAGCUCCGAGUUCUUAUCAGGAUCCAUAUGGAGGAUCAGGGGGAACCUACAAUUCACGUAAAGAAGCUGAAGCCAUGCUUCCUUCAGAUCCCUAUAGCUCUCUUGGAAGGCAUACUCAAACAGUUCUGACUUACAGUGAGAAAGUAGAAGCUUUUAAUCUGAGAUAUUCCUACAUGAAGUCAUGGGCAGGACUGCUCAGGAUCUUGGGUGUUGCUGAACUGCUCUUGGGUGCAGCUGUAUUUGCCUGUGUCACAGCAUACAUUCACAAAGACAAUGAAUGGUACAACGCGUUUGGCUACUCACAGCCAUAUGGUUAUGGGGCAAGCAGCAGCAAUUAUGGAGGUUAUUAUUACAGUGGGCCUAAAACCCCAUUUGUUCUUGUUGUAGCAGCACUAACGUGGAUAGUGACUAUUAUACUUCUGGCGCUUGGCAUGUCAAUGUAUUACCGGACUAUUCUUCUAGAUUCCAACUGGUGGCCUUUGACUGAAUUUGGAAUCAAUGUUGCUUUGUUUAUUUUGUAUAUGUCAGCCGCUAUAGUCUAUGUAAAUGAUGCUAACAGGGGAGGACUUUGCUACUAUCCAUUAUUUAACACACCAAUGAAUGGAGGAUUUUGCAGAAUAGAAGGGGGGCAGACAGCUGGAAUUAUCUUUUUAUUUGUAACAAUGAUUAUUUAUCUUAUCGGUGCAAUAGUUUGCCUAAAAUUGUGGAGACAUGAAAGUGCACGGAGGCACCGAGAGUUCAUGGAACGACAGAUGAAGACCCAAUCCAUUGCACCAAAAAUGAUGUAUGAAAAGGAAAAUAACAGUCCCAAAGUAACAGUAAACUCAAAGACAUUCAAGUCUGUGGAAAUGAAACCGGAACUACUCAAUGGCCAUAUACCAGCAGGACAUAUCCCUAAACCUAUAGUGAUGCCAGACUAUUUAGCAAAGUAUCCAGCAAUUCAGACAAAUGAGGAAAGAGACCGCUAUAAAGCUGUUUUUAAUGAUCAGUUUUCUGAAUAUAAAGAGCUCUCUGCUGAGGUUCAGGCUGUCUUAAAGAAAUUUGAUGAACUAGAUGCACUGAUGAGGAAGCUGCCUCAGCAUCCUGGAAACACUCUUGAACAUGACAGAAUUGCAAAUGUUUUGCAACAAUAUAAAAAGAAAAAGAACGAUCCCACUUUUCUGGAGAAGAAAGAACGAUGUGAAUACCUAAAGAACAAACUCUCCCAUAUAAAACAAAGAAUCCAGGAAUAUGAUAAAAUUAUGAAUUGGAAUGCUUAGGAUCUAACAUUGCCUGCAAGAUUUUGUUCUAUUUUCUAUUAUUUAUUUAUUGUCAUAAUUGUAUAAACAUUCUAAUGUGAAAUGAAUUACAACUACAAUCAUUGUCAGUCACUAUUUAAAUCUUGUAAAUUUAUGAACAUAGUGUAAGGUUUUCCAGAUGUUGUACUUCAUCUCUGUACAUUUCUUUUUAAUUUAUCUAUGAUGGCCCUUCACUUUGAUCAUAAGUAAAACUGAAUUUGCAUCUCUACUAUUUUUCUCUGAAUCAGUACACCACUAUUUUCACAGACUAAUAAAUAUGUUUUUCCUUAUAUAAAAAUACUGACUUUCUUUACAACUGAAUUAUCUUACUCUACAAUUUUCCCUGUAGACCUAAAUGUCCAAAUUAAUUAAACAAUGUUUGAAGUAUAGUACCUGUAAAUCACAUUUCUAGGCAAAAAUCUUAGUUACUAUUUGUAGGUUUGAGUUUCUAUAUUGCAGUAGAACUGAUCAGACUGUAAUAGUGAAAGGAUUGAUAGAUCAAACUCCAUCUAAUUGUGCGACAUCCCACAAAAAUAUCUUAAUGAUACAAAUAUAAAGUUUUAAAAAGACUGUACUUCUCAUCAUGAAUCAUUUGUUAGGGGCAACUCAGGUUUUCUGAAUCUGGUAUGGACUAUUUGGGUGAAGAAAGAGGUUCUGUGGUAGUAACCACCCUUCUGGACCUGAUCCUGAGUGCACAAAAGGAGCAGGAUGCAAAAAGGGACCUACAUCCUGCCUAAAAAAUAAUAAUAAAUGAACUUGCAAAUCAUGGUAAGAUAAUAAGUUUAUUUGCAGAAGCACUCCAGUUGCAUGACAUGGCUAAUACAUUUUGAGUUUAACAUAAUCUUUAUUAGAGACAGUAAUUGGUGUCCUACAGGACUCCCUUUACCUUUGGGGAGAUAAGUGUUUUGGGAGAAAGUGACUACUCGCUGAUGGAAAGUAUAUUUAUAUUCAAAGUUGAGCUAGGAAUGAUAUGAGAAUGGAAUGCUUCUGGAGGAAAAAGCAUAAUUUUUGUUAGCACUUUUUGAGGUUCACUUCUUUAAUUUUUAAGUUUGGUGCUGCUCUUCUUUCCCUGCUGACACAAAUCCUUACCAUGUGUACUACUGAACUGCUGAUCGGUGUGGCCACCUCUCAGGUAGCGAAUGGCGAAUUAAAGCUUUCUUUCCACACACUAGACCAUCCUAUCCACCACUAUAACGAGAGAUUUGCAUGCAGAAGAAUGUUUCAAUGUGUGAAUUGGUAUUGCUGGAUUACAGUGACUAUCUGUAAAUGGAAACAAUCUUCAUCCCUCUUGAAAUGUAUCUUUGUGAGGGAGAAGUAGAUGGGAAAUUACUGGUGAACAGUUUAGGUCUGUCCACAUUGUGCCUUAAAAUUAACAUUUGCACUGAUACACUAUAAUGUUAUGAUCUUUUUUUAUAGAUGAUUUCUAGCUUAAGGCAACCAACCUUUGUACUGCCUGUAUAAAAAUAUUUUUCUAAUUAUAUUUACUGGAACUGUUAGUCACUUAUAAAAAUGAUGUUAAAUUAUAUCAUGUGCCUUUAUUCUGAAAUACUGUACUAUUUUAGUUUGCAAACAAAUUAUAAUAUGUACUUCAGAACUUGUGUUGGUGUAAGUAAAUCCUUAGACAAGACACCAUAUUUUCUUUUUAAUUAAGUAUUUUGAUAUUUGUUUUUUUAUAUAUAUAUUUAAUAGAAGUUACUGUCUGCAGCAUUAUCAGGUCACUUGUAUUGUUAUAUACUUAUUUUAUAAGCAUUGAA